CCAAUACUACUAGUAUUUCUCGGACUCAGUGGCUCCCACAUAGGCUUCAGUAUAAUCCAUAAGCUUUACUCGAUCUGUGGUAUAUAAGACUCAGGGAGGCUGACCCAACUGGCCGAGCUUGUUACCAAGAUUCCACAGAUCUAAAACUGAGAAACCGCAACUCAGGUUCCUCGCCAGCAAUGUCUUCAUACGUAAUCACAGGCGUCUCCGGAGUACUCGGGUUCGAGUUCCUACGCCAGAUCUCCCAAGACGCAGCCAAUACGGUCAUUGGUUUAGUUCGUGACAAACCCGGCACGGAGAAGAAGGUCUCGGAGCUGCUGAGCGGGCGGUCCAAUAUCCACAUCCUGCAAGCCGAUCUCACCGAUUACCGUACCCUGCAGCGAGCCGCGGCGGACACGGCCAAGAUCACGGGCGGAACUCUCGACUACCUCAUCGCCAACGCCGCCUACGUCUCAACCUGGGACUCGUACGACCCGUUCGGAGUUCUAGGCAACAACGACCCCGAGAGGCUGGAGGAGGAAAUGCUCAAGUGUUUCAGGAUCAACGCCGUCGGCAACGUCCGUCUCUUCAAUCUCUUCAUGCCACUGGUCCUGCGAGGCCGAGGCAAGAAGGUCGUGUCGAUAACCAGCGGCACCUCGGACAUCGAGCCGACUCGGCAGUAUGACAUCGCCGUGUUCUCGGCUUACGCCAUGAGCAAGGCGGCCAUGAACCUCGCGGUUGCCAAGUUCAGCGCCCAGUACAGGAAGGACGGUGUUCUGUUCAUCAGCAUCUGUCCGGGCUUGGUGGAAGCCGGGCACUAUGCGGACGUGACGCCGGAGCAACAACAAAAGCUGGAAGACGUCUUUGCGCGUUUCAAGAGCUAUGCUCCUCACUUCAGCGGACCAGCGCGCCCAGAAGAUGCCGUCCGAGAUGUCAUUUCGGUCUGGGAAAGAGCCAGUGUAGAGAAAGGAGAUGGCGGCUCCUUUGUGUCUCACUUGGGGAAUAAGCAAUGGUUGUAG